UGGAAGGUGCAAAACAAGGCAUUGUCGUGGCUGGUGGUCAAGGACAAGGAAAUGGUCUUACACAAUUGUAUUAUCCUCAAGGAGUCGUUGUCGAUCAAUUGGGCACUGUCUAUGUGGCUGAUGCAGAGAAUGAUCGAAUCAUGCGUUGGCCCAAAGGAGCCACACAGGGAAGUGUCAUUGUUGGUGGAAACGGUAAAGGAGGACAAUCGAACCAACUCAAAGGACCCAUCGGUUUGUCAUUCGAUCGACACGGCAAUCUCUAUGUCGUCGAUUACGGAAACCAUCGAGUACAAAAAUUCAAUAUCGAUUCAUAAACAUAAUAGUUGUUGCAAAUAAAUCUUUGUAGAAGUCUAGAUGUGGUUGUACGAGUAAGGUAUGUGGCUGGGGGUGAGUGUGGAACAGUAUAGAAGUGAAACCUUUGUUGACAAAGUUGAUAGUUGUAAAAAUGGAAAAAAGUUAAAAUGGCUAUAACUUGAAUUAUUCCUAUAACCAUUAGUUAUAUCUGCCAACAAGGAUUAUGGCUAUCAUCGAUUUUAACUCGAUAACCUUUUCGAUUAAUUGAAUAAAUUGAAGUAAGUUGAAUUAGUAAUUAUUUUGAUUUAAUUGAGAUAUAUGAUAGAUUAUAUUAAAGCAUAUGCAUUUCAUUGUUCUUUUAUUAAAAACAUUAGUAUUUAUAGAUUUUUUUCUGGGAUGUUGCUUAUGUUUUCAUUUGCAAGUUAAAUAUUUUUGUAUCUACACGUCGACUAACAAUGAAAAGAUGCAUUUUUCACUGAGGAACAGUACGGACUUUUGUUAAUGUUAACAGCUGCGCCCGAAACCACAAAAAUCACAAUCAUUUUUAUCGAAUGGGUGCACGAAGUAAAUAUGGUUUAGAAUAAAAAGCAUGUCUUUGAGAGUUUCAUAAUAGAGCAAAUUGGUCUAACGUCUAAAUCAUUGAUAAAUUUCAACCAAAGUUAUAAUUGUCAACUCUAGUUAUAACCUUCGUCCUCAGUUACAAUCUUGCAUCUAAUUUAGAAUCAGUUUAGUUUUAGUUACUAAUCAAUACGAUUUUCAACAUUACUCAAGAUUUGAGACUAAUUGAAACUAUUACCCAUGUAAAUAUCUUUAGUAUCAAAACGCAUUUGAAGGGGCGUUUCGUUUGCAUCAAAAUCAUAGC